AAAAUCAUGGGAAAGAUAAUAUUCUAUGAGGACAGAAACUUCCAUGGUCGUAACUAUGAGACUAGCGGUGAUUGUCCUGAAGUGACCUCAUACCUGAGCCGCUGCUGCUCAUGUAGGGUGGAAAGUGGCUGCUUCAUGGUCUAUGAGCGCACCAACUUCAUGGGUCACCAAAUGCUGGUAAGAAGAGGAGACUAUCCGGAUAACCAACGGAUCAUGGGAGCAAGCAUCAGUGACUGCAUCAGAUCUUGCAGAAUGAUCCCUAUGCAUAAAGGAGCGUUCAGAAUGAGAAUCUUCGAAGGAGAGAACUUUGUCGGACAAAAGUAUGAGCUGAUGGAUGACUGUGAGUCAAUCCAGGAAUGUUUUCACAUGGCUGAUUGCCAGUCCUGCAAUGUCACACAUGGCCACUGGCUGCUGUAUGAACAACCCAAUUUCGAAGGCAGAAUGAUAUACAUCAGGCCUGGGGAGUACAGCAGCUUUAAUAAUAUUGGUCUAGGCCCAAUGAAAAUUCAUUCCAUCAGACGCAUCAUGGAAUCCUGUUAGAAGAAAUUACACUUGCUAAGAAAUCCUCAGACCAUUCAUUGUCAGACCUUAUGCUGGUGCAGUGUGCCCAGAG